ACGCUACAGGUCAGGUGGGUUUUGGACAAAUGGCUCUCUCUAGUAAUGGUUGGUGACGCUUCUUAUGGAGUCCCCCUUGGCUAGUUACUUUCUUCUUCCGGUGACGUUAGGGCCUAAGUAACAGGACGGGAGGAGCAGUCACCGGAAGUGUGGCUUGCUUUAAGUCUGUAUUGGUGCUACGCCUAAAUCUUUCCCCUCCCAAUGACAGCUGAGGGGGUCCGCUUGGUCCUCGACUCACUUCCGAGGGUUUUACCUAUGAGCGAGCAUCUCUUCCAGCGUCUACUGGUGGCGUCCAUUGAUACUGCUUCCGAACCCUCUCUGAUUUCAUUUCCGUUUAGUCCCCGCCUACUCCGAAUCAAUUUCAUUUCCUACCCUAGUUCUCUUUGGGGCCCCGCCUCAACCUUUCCCCCACUCGCUUCGCUAGAGGAUAUCCCACACUUCCGGUGCCUUACUCUCCUCCCACCUCCCCCGCUGGGUCCUAGCGCCGGCUCUAUUUCUAGCGGGAUCCCGGCUCUGUCCUCUGGAGUUGCUGCAACCGAGAGUGCGUCAGGCUCCCGCAGGGGAGGCCCACCCUAUCCCCCUAUGGAAGUGGAGCUGGAGGAAGACCCGCCCCCCUACCCUGGGUAUACCCGAGCUGGUCGCAGAUUCAAGUGCCUCUCUUGCUCCAAGACUUUCCCCAACGCCCCUCGGGCUGCCCGGCAUGCUGCCACCCAUACUCCCAGUCCCGGACCCAACCCGGAGGAGAAUGCGGCGGGGGGUGGAGAUCCGGGCCCCCCCCCAGGGAACCCAGAGGGCCCGGGCAGCGGGGAGGAUGGGGAGCCGGCUCCCAAGCCCCGACCCUUUGCCUGCUCCUUGUGCCCCAAGGCGUACAAGACAGCCCCAGAGCUGCGCAGCCACGGGCGCAGCCACACUGGGGAGAAGCCCUUCCCGUGCCCCGAGUGCGGGCGGCGCUUCAUGCAGCCCGUGUGCCUCCGGGUACACCUGGCGUCCCACACGGGCGAGCUGCCCUUCCGUUGCCCGCAGUGCCCCAAGGCCUAUGGUACCUUGUCCAAGCUGAAGAUCCACCAGCGCUGCCACACUGGGGAGCGGCCCUACUCGUGCGCAGACUGCGGCAAGUGCUUCGCUGACCCCUCCGUCUUCCGCAAGCACCGGCGCACCCACGCGGGGCUGCGGCCCUACAGCUGCCCGCGCUGCGGAAAAGCCUAUGCUGAGCUCAAGGACCUGCGCAACCACGAGAGGUCUCACACCGGAGAACGUCCCUUCCUCUGUUCUGAAUGUGGCAAGAGCUUCUCCCGCUCUUCUUCCCUCACCUGCCAUCAACGCAUCCAUGCGGCCCAGAAGCCCUACCGCUGCCCGGCCUGCGGGAAGGGCUUUACGCAGCUCAGCUCCUACCAGAGCCACGAGCGCACCCACUCGGGUGAGAAACCUUUCUUGUGCCCACGCUGCGGCCGCAUGUUCUCUGACCCAUCCAGUUUCCGCCGCCACCAGCGGGCCCACGAGGGAGUCAAGCCCUAUCGGUGUGACAAGUGCAACAAGGACUUCCGGCAGCCGGCGGACUUAGCUAUGCACCGGCGUGUACACACGGGUGACCGACCCUUCAAGUGCCCGCAAUGCGACAAGACCUUUGUGGCCUCUUGGGACCUGAAGCGACAUGCCCUGGUCCACUCGGGCCAGCGGCCUUUUCGCUGCGAGGAGUGCGGACGGGCCUUUGCGGAGCGGGCCAGCCUCACCAAGCACGGGCGUGUCCAUUCAGGAGAACGGCCCUUCCACUGUGCCGCCUGUGGCAAGUCCUUUGUGGUGUCCUCCAGCCUGAGGAAGCACGAGAGGACCCACCGAGGGGAGAUGGUGGGCGGCCUCACCACCCAGGAGCUGGUGGUGGGGGUUGCGCUGCCCGCAGGUUCUGCUGUGGAAGGACCUGUGCCACCCAGCACAGGGGCUCCUGGAGUAGGUGUGGAACUUGGGGAGCCCCAAGCCGGGCUCCUAGGCCUCCCCACGGAGUCGGGCAGGGUAGUAGCCUCCCAGUGGCAGGUGGUGGGCAUGACACUGGAGCAGGUAGAAUUCAGGGAGUCUGGGGCUGGGACAGGAGAGGCCCCGGCCCCCACCACAGAGGGUGAGAGUGAAGGGGCCCCCCCUUUCCAGGAGCAGUCCCCAGGUCCUGGAGAAGUGCCCCAGAAUGUGUGUAGGGAGUGUAAGGAAUCCUUCCCCACGGCGGCGGCUCUGCGGCGGCACGAGCGAUCCCACCCAGCCCUGCGCCCCUUCCCCUGCCCCCAGUGUGGGAAGGGCUUCCUGGACCGGGCAGGCUUACGGAAGCACAGCCGUACCCACAGUGACGUCCGCCCACAUGCCUGUCCCCACUGUCCCAAGGCCUUCCUUAGUGCCAGUGACCUCCGUAAACAUGAGCGUACUCAUCCCACCCCUCAGCUUCCUCUUGAGCCACUGGUGGCCCUCUUGGGGAUGCCCGAGGAAGGGGCGGCGUGAAAGGCCCAUAGCCAGCUUUCUGCACGUCCCAGCUCACUCCUCUGGGCUUCACUCCUUCCCCUCUGGUCUAGCCGCCACUCCCUCCAAUCUAGUUCCUUCCUGUCCCUGCAGCUUUUUUACCUUCUCACUUUCUUCUUAAUAAUACUCCGUUAGGGCACUCGCCUGGCCUGGGAAGAGGCCUCAUUCUCAGAAGAUGGGAAGGCUGGAGGGAAGGGAUGAGGCGGGUGCUUCGGAGGGCCAGCUCCAACACAGUGGCACUUAUUAAAAGCUUUGGCUCUCAAGUUUGCUUUGCUGUCUGGUUUUUGGAGACUGAUUCCCCUCUCAUGUAACCCUGAACUUCAUCUCCUUCUCACACUUUCUUUUAGGUACCUCCAUCUUGAUGCAGAACCUCAGAGCAGAGACUUAGUGUAUCACUAAACCACUUCCUCCUCCUCCUCCUGACUUUCCUACUUAUAUUAAAAACAAUGCUUAUCACUCAGGCUUGGGAUCUCAAUCACCUCUGAUGCUUCUCUACAGCAUAUCUGACACU